AUGUUGUUUAAUUGCACUAACACAUCAAAAUUCGGGUCGGUGAUUUCCUCGAAUUUCGGCGUGAUUGAGAUGGAGGCGUCUGACUUGUCGGAGUUCAAUAUAUCUGAUGAGACCUUGACGAAGUUGAGAGCUGCUGGCAUUACAAGCCUGUACAAAGUUCAGGCUGAGACGUAUGAACAUAUAAAAAAUGGGGAUGAUGUCGUAACCUUGGCAAAAACUGGUUCUGGGAAGACUUUGGCCUUUUCUCUUCCUAUGAUCGAGCGAAUUAAGGAAAGCGGUAUCCAGUACAGGCGUGGUCGUCACCCAGUCGGUAUUGUUCUCGCACCUACAAGAGAACUAGUUGUCCAAACCACGUCUGUUUUGGCUUCUAUAGCUCCAGAAAAAAUGAGCGUCCUUUCAGUGUAUGGAGGUGUUCCUUAUCAGCCGCAAGUCCGAUCGCUGAAGUCGGGUGUGGAUAUUAUUGUUGGUGCGCCUGGUCGCGUUAUCGACUUAAUGUCGAGUGAUCAUCUCCAUCUGGAUGCCAUUCAGUACGUAGUCCUUGAUGAGGUCGACCGGAUGCUUGAUAUGGGCUUCAGUGCGGAUGUUGAGAAAAUUCUUUCUCGCGUAUAUGAAUCAGAAGCGAAGCCACAAACACUGCUUUUUUCUGCUACGCUGCCGCAGUGGGUCUCAAAAAUCAGCAAAAAUUACGUAUCUCCAGAUUGUAAAUAUGUUACUCUUGUGAGUAAAGAGGAGGCGCGAACGGCUGAUACGGUGGAGCAUUUAGCCAUUCUCUGUCCGUUUUACGAACUGGGCAAUGCUCUCUCUGACACAAUUCGUUUUUACUCAAAAGGUCCGUCUUCGAGGUGUCUUGUGUUUUGUGAAAAAAAGAAGGAUGCUGAUGAGUUGGCAGCUCAUUCCGCCAUGGCUAAUGAUUGUCAUGUUUUUCAUGGGGGCAUUACUCAGGAAAAACGGGAGUUCAUCCUUCAGAAAUUCCGUGAAGGCAAGUAUAAAACGCUGUUGACUACAAAUGUAGCGGCUCGUGGACUAGAUAUUCCGGACGUUGAGUUGGUGAUUCAAUGCGCGCCACCGGCGACUGCUGAGAUUUAUAUUCACCGUUCUGGCAGAACCGGUCGUGCCGGACGUAGUGGUAGGAGCAUCUGCUUCUACACGAUGAAUCAACGUUCACAGUUGGCUUUUAUUGAACGCGGUGCUGGGAUUUUAUUUAAACGUAUUUCUGUUCCUUCUCCGAAUGACAUUGUCGAUGUCUGGGCAUCUGAGUUGUCACAAACCCUUUCUGAAAUUCCAGAGUCAAUCUGGUCGACAUUCCUACCAGCUGCUCGACGUUUAGUGGAGUCAAUUUCAAAAACAAACACGGAAUUGGUCAAGAAGUCCAAAAAGUUAAACAAACUAAAAGGAAGGGGUGUCGAAGACCCCAAAAUGGUUCAGAAUGGUCAUUCAGAUGUCCCUGUUUUAAUUUAUGAGAGAAUACUUUGUUGUGCAUUGGCCAAGAUUGCGGGAAAAAUGAAGACGAUGGGAAGUCGUUCAGCUCUGACUGCACACGCUGGUUUGACUGCCUAUCGUAUGGAUCUUCCCGAGCAUAUGACUGCUCAUAAAAAGGGUCUCUGCUACGCCCUUCUUGGGAAACAACUGGAAUCAGAAAUCGUACAGAGCAUUCGCAAUUUGGCCUUCAUUAAAGGUCGUAAGGGCUUUGUGUUUGACGUACCGGACGAUAAAGUAGACGCCAUCGAUUCCACUUGGAUUAAUGACAACAACAAAAUAGUCCUUGAAAAACUCACUGAAAUACCCGAACUUGAGCCUGAAUUGGAUGAGCUGAAUGGGAGCUGUGGUCGUGUUGGUGCGUUUCGAUUUGGCGGAUUCCGAGGCCGCAGGGGCGGCGGUGGUCGAGGUGUAGGCUUCGGCAUCGGCGGAAGAGGUUUGAACCGUGGACAUCCACAUGGAAUGAAGCGGCGGCAGAGCUCUAGUUCUUCCAUUUGCAGACCUGCGAAAGUUCAGAAGUUGGAUUGA